CACGUAGUCACCUUCCGAGUGCAAUUGGCGCCAGUUGCGUUUCACCUUUGCGCUGCAUGCUCGAGCAGAAAAAGAAAUUGAUUGAUGGCGCCCAGGAGGAGUUGUUGGUAGCACCUUCGGACACGCCCCCUUCACCAGGAUUGCGCUUUUAGUGUCUUUCGCUCAUCUUUACAAUUUUUCUGCAAUGAAGACGAGGAAAAAGAUUUGGAGCAUGAAGUCGAGUCGGCAUCGUGCUGCGAUACACCUUGUCGUCCUGAUGCUCUGCGUUUAUCAAUGCAAUGGUCAGUGUUUCGGUGGAACGGAGACUUAUGAGAAAACGACGGGCGUCAAGUUCACGUUCGGCACGUCACAAGGCUUGCUGACGCAGCCAGGCACUGGAAUCACAAGGGACUGCACCGCAAUUUGCAGACAGACGCCGUCGUGCGCCGCUUUUUCAGUUGAUUACGAGAAUUCUCGUUGCCAAUCGUACACAAUGGGAUCUUCGGGACACAGGAACAGCCUUCAGGAAAAAAUCGGCAGCAAUUUCUACGAGAAAAUUUGCCUUCGUGGGGUUUCCAAUCUGAGUGCCAUGUGUGGAGACAGACUGUGGGCCUUUGAAAGGGUGCUCGGCGCCUACCUGGAGGGCUUCGACGACCGCGAGGAACGCAACGUGCAGAGCAAAACUGAGUGCGAGAAGCUGUGCCUCUUCGAGACCGGUUUCACUUGCAGGUCAGCGGAGUAUGACGAGACGCAAAAUAUUUGUCGGCUGAGCAGGGAAGACCGGCGCAGUCAGCCGAAUGCGUUCAGAAGACAGGUCGGAGGCAAUGUUGAUUACCUCGAGAACCAGUGCGUUCGACCGCUGCCGGACUGUCGUUACCACCCCCGUCCGGACAACGCGGUGCUCUCGAUGGACGAGCUGCAGUUCGCGGCGAGCCAGGGCGAGUGCGAGGCGCUGUGCGACCAGGCCAGGGGCUUCACCUGCCGGGCCUUCACGUUCGCGGUGGACGAGAAGCGGUGCUACCUGAGCGGUGACGACUCCAUCUCGCUCAACAACGCACCCCUCAUGCUCAAGCGGGGCGCCCUCUACGCCGAGAAGCAGUGCAGCAUCAGUCAGUGCGAGGACGGGAUGUUCACCUUCGAGAAGGUGACCGGCCACUUCCUGCGCUCGGCGCAGCAGGUGGGCCUGUCGAUGGCGGCGUCGCCCGGCGUGACCCUCGAGUGCAGCCAGCGGUGCCUCGAGUCAGGGUCAGACUGCCCGGCCUUCACCCUCGACUACGCCGCCAUGAAGUGCUUCAAGCUGGACAGGAACACGCAGGGCCGCAGCAGCGACCUCGCCGCCAGGGACGGACAGAGCUACUUUGAGAAAAUCUGCUUGAGAGGGAACAUCCGAGGUUGUCAGGGUCGUGCGUGGGCCUUCGAGCGGCGGCCGGGCAAGGAGCUGCGCGGCCACGACGACGCCAAGGUGGGCAUCGUGCAGAGCAGACGGGACUGCAUGGAGGCGUGCUUGGGCGAGCGGCGCUUCGAGUGUCGCUCUGCCGAGUACGACGCCAAGACGAGCGAGUGCAAACUCAGCAGCGAGGACCGCAGGAGCAAGCCGGCAGAGUACGUCGACGCGCCGCCGCACAUCGAGUACCUCGAGAACCAAUGCGUCCAAGGCGACUUCCGCGGCUGCAACUUCGAGGCGGUGGCCAACUCGUACCCGCGCUACCUGGACCUCGUGAUUCCGUCGGUGAGCGACGAGAUGGACUGCGAGAGGCGGUGCUACGCCUACAAGGACUUCAUCUGCCGCUCCUUCUCCUACUACCCCUCCGGAAAUCAGUGCUUCCUCAGCGGAGAUGACAGAGCUUCGGCGGGCAAUGAGGCGAUGAUGACGCGGCCAGGGACCAACUACUACGAGCGCAACUGCCGCAACGCCGAUGGAAACAUGAACCAACUGCCCCCGCUGGGGCCGGGCACCCUCGACCCCCAAGGCCCUGGAGCGUAUGGUCCUGGUUUCGGUCCUCCGCGUCCGUCGUACGGAGGUUCCCCGAACGUGCCUCCAUUCCCGUUGGGCGUCAACCGGCCCGGCGGCCCUCCGCCCACGUUCGGCGGCCCUCCGCCCACUUUCGGCGGCCCACUGCCUCCGGGCGACGGCAUUAGGUGUCCGGGACGCAUGGAGUUCGAGAAGAUCACCGGCUUUGAGAUGACGGGCGAGCGCGGCUUCAGCCUGGGGCGCGAGCGGCUGCCCGGCGUGACGCUGCAGUGCGCCCGCCGCUGUCAAAACGACCCGCGCUGCGCCGCUUUCAACAUCGACUACAGAGCGAGCGAGUGCGUGGGCCUCACCGUCGUCACCGUGUCGAGCCGCAUCGACUUGCGCCCCACCGCCGGAGUCGCUUACUUCGAAGGAAUCUGCCUCAGAGGUGGCGGCUGCGGACAAACUUGGACAUUCGAACGAUACGUCAACUAUGAAUUGCGUGGAUUCGUGGCAAUGCGUUACCAGGGAAUCAGCAAAAUCGAGUGCCAGGAGCGGUGUCUUGAAGAGCGAGCCGUCGUUUGCAGAUCUGCGUCGUACAACUUCCGUCGUCGUGAGUGCUUCCUGAGUUCGGAGGACAGAUUCAGCCAGCCGCAGGCGUUUAUCGCCUCUGUCGACACCGACUACCUCGAGAACCAGUGCGCGCCAAGACCGGCGCGGUGCGUGUACCGCAACCAGCAGCGAGACAUGCAGCUCAUGUACGUGGACAAGAGUUUGUCGGCCUUCAGCGACUCCAGCUGCCAGCAGGCGUGCGACGUCGAGAGAGAGUUUGUCUGCCGCUCCUUCACCUUUUUGAGCCAGACUGGUCUGAACACAAAUCAGUGCUUAUUGAGCGGCGACACGGGCAUCGCGGUGGGCAGGAGCGGCUUCGUGCCCGUUCCAGGCGCGCUCUUCGCCGAGCGGGAGUGCACGGGGCCACCUGGGCCCCCAGGGACAUUCCCCGGCGGGCCGCUGGGCCCAUUGGGCCCGUCAAACGCGCCUCCGGGCUACAACGUGCCGCCACGUUACGGCCAUAGCAACCUGCCCCCUUACCCGAGCCAGGGCUACCCUAGGCCAAGCCAGGGAUACCCUGGACCGAGCCCAGCAUACCCUGGACCGAGCCAGGGUUACCCUGGACCGAGUCAGGGUUACCCACGCCCGAGCCAGGGCUACCCUGGGCAACAGUACCAUUCGAACUACGGCAACUCGUUCAGCCCGACCAACAACUAUCCGCCGGCCCUGCUGCCAGGUCGACCCUAUCAGAGCUACCCUGGCGGAAAUAACUACUACGGAGGGGGCGCAGGAAACAACUACCCUGUCGGAAGGUACAACUCAGGGCCGUCGGCCAUUCCGCCCAUCGGCCCUACCGUCGGAGGGUUCGCCGGACACUAUCCGCCAGGCUUCCAGGGCGGUUUCCAGGGUGGAUUCGUUGACGCGGCCUCCAACGGCAUCUACAGCGAUGCCGACCUCAGCCCCUACCCUUGCAGGUUCACCCUUACCUACGAGAAGGUUGCCGGAGCAAUGUACACGAAUGCGAGAAGAGAUCCGAUCAAGACCUGGGUGGAUCUGGGCAUCACUGCACACUGCCUGGUCGAGUGCGCGCAGCAGCGUGACCGCUGCCUUGCCGUCUCGCUGGAGAACGUGCGCGGCGGACGACAGCGGUGCUACGCGCUCGACAGGUCGGCCGACGGCGACAACCAGCCCCUGCAGGCCGCGCCCGACCUCGGAUACUUCCAGAAGAUCUGCUUGAGAGAACGACCUUGUCCAAAGGCGUGGGCCUUCACACGCGUGCCCGGCUUUGAGCUGGCGCUGAAAAACACGCUGGAAGUGCGCAACGUUCACAGCCGCCGCCAGUGCCAGGAUGAGUGUCUCCGCUCCUCGAACGUCAUCUGCAGGUCUGCGACGUACUACUCUCGGGAGCGAAUUUGCAAAAUCAGCGCCGACACCAGACGCACGCAGCCGGAUUAUUUCAAGAAAGCAACGCCUGAUGUCGACUACAUGGAAAACGAAUGUGCUCCACAGCCAGCUAAUUGCGAGUACUCGGACUUCCCUGGCCGCUUCCUGCCCUUCUCGGACCGCUUUGUGGCGCGCGCCUUCGAUGUCACCGAGUGCCGCCGCCUUUGCGACCAGGAGCGCGAGUUCCCUUGCCGCUCCUUCAACUUCCACCCAUUGAGACGCGAGUGCUUCCUCAGCUCAGACGACACUUUCACCGCCGACAAGAACGCGUUACUCACCGACAGAGACUUUUUCUACAGCGAAAGAGGCAGCUGCAGCAAUGUCAAGGUGGAUUGCACGCAAUCGGACAUGUUGAUCACUUUCAUGUUCGCCGCACCUUUCGAGGGAAGGGUGUACGCAACUGGCAACCCUCAGGCGUGCUUUGAGCUGGGCAGCGCCCAAAAUCAACUCGUACUGCGCGUACCGCUCGGAACUCAAUGCGGAACCGUCCAACAAGGUCGUGGGCGCUACGUGAACCACGUCGUCAUCCAGCAGAACUCGGUGAUUAUGCAGGAGACCGAUAAGACGGUGCGUGUCGAGUGCGCUUUCGACGCGAGCGACCAAACGCUAUCCUACGCGCCGCAGGGCAACCGACAGUUUGAGGGCGGUGGCAUCAGCGUCUCGGUGCCUUUCCGGCCUUCGGCGACGAACAUAGUGUCCAACACGGCGCCAACGCCACACGUGAGCAUGCGGAUCGUGACCAGAGCCGGUCAGGUGGCCCAGGCCGUCGGCCUUGGAGAAGACCUGCAGCUCAGGAUCGAAAUUGACCCAUCCAGCGCUUUCGGCAUUUUCGCUCGCAAUUUGGAGGCCAGGACCGAAAACGGAGAAUUGCUCACACUGAUCGACAACACUGGGUGUCCAAGAGACCCAAACAUCUUCCCAGGGCUCUUCGUAGAGCAAGGAACGCGCAACCUGUUCGCAAACUUCAAGGCUUUCCGCUUCCCCUCCACGUCAAGCGUCAACUUUGUCGUGACGAUCCACUUCUGUCAGGAUAUUUGUGAUCCGGUGCAAUGCUUCAACGGAAUGUUCUCGUUUGGACGCCGCCGGCGUGACGUCGGAAACGAGACUGCGGAGCUGGAGGAAAAGGAGGAAAAGGAGGAGGUGGCCACGACGACGGCAGUUCCGGUGACCACGACCGUUAGAAUGGUGCAGGAGGCCUCGUCGACGGAGGAGGACGCUCCUCUGGAGGGAGAACUGGUUAAGGACGUUUCAGUCGACCCAGUGUCGGAGGAGCAGCCGGCGUCAACCAGCCAGCCAGAAACAAAAGCAAAUAAAACCUAUGAUGCUGACGCACUUCAUUUGCCUCCUGGCUACCCGACCGGCAUCAGCGCAGAAGAGCAGCAACUGCAAUUGAACAAAGCCGUGGUGCCGAGUCCCGACAGCAAAGAUGAAGACAAUAAGGAGAAUGAAAUUAGCGGCAACGAGCUCCUGCCCAGUGAAAUGCCGCUUCAGCUCAGGCUGGUUGUCGGAGAGGACUCGAUGCCCAAUGAAAACAAUGACACGACAAAGAAGAACGUUAAUCGCAACAAAUUCACGGUCAACCCGAAUUUCAAUCCGUAUGGCGCUUAUCCAGAAACUGUGUACUCGGAGGACGGGUACGUGUGCACGCCGUCCUCGACGGUGAUCGCGUCCGUCUUCACGACGGUGUUCUUCAACGUGGGUCUGGUGGCCGGCUUCAUUUUCUUCUACCGCACCAAGAAGCGGCAGUGGCAAAAGCUGAGCGGGCUGGAGCAGCCGGCGUCGUUCCAGGGCUCGGAACAGGGCUUCUCGCCGGAGGUGCUGUUCCGCAGCGUGUACGACCGUCUGCCGCCGCGGCCUUCCUUCUCCACGCUGCAGAACGCCAUCACGGCGCGGCACACCGGCAACAAGGCGGCCGAGCAGCCGCUCUCCGACGAGAUGCUGCGCUGACUUCACCCCUUUCACGUUGUGACACACGGAUUAUUGUGGCAUUUUAACCGCAGCUAGCAGUUUUAUGACGUAGUCUCUACACCACUCAAUUGGCGCUUUUCGGACGAGCGGCCCCGCCGAUGCAUCGCUUUCCUGCUGCAGGGGAGGGCACGCCCAUAAUGGUUAAAGGGGAAAAGCUUCCACUAUGUAGAAUCUGAAAAAUUUAUUUAUUUUCUUCUUUUAAUUACAUAAAAUGGCAUGAUUUGAUUUUGCUGGUGCCUGGUGCAAAUCCAUUGCGGCACAGGGAGAAAUAACAUUGAAUCCACCGGGAUUCCACCAGGAUUCCACCUAGAUCCACUGUGGAUGGAUAUUGGAAAUAAAUUAACACUUGUCCCGAUAAAAUCAGGGUUGGUCAGUUGUUGCAACCAGCUGAUUUAAUUGUCAAAUGAUUAGAAUCUUUUUGGCAAAAAAAUAAUGCUACAAUUUAAUUUGGGCAAUAGGUAUUUUUUUAUUAUUUUCAUAUUGGCCAAGUCACAUAACGUCGCAAAUGAAAAUUAGCGCUGUUUUCCCUGAAUAAAAAUUCGUUGGGAUAGUUGAAACGAUUGAAAUUGGGCAACCUAUUGAAGUAAUAAUAACAAAAAGAGACUGGUUGUUAAAUUGUGACGUCAUUUAAUUCCAGGAUAAUUUAAAUCAUGGUUAAUCUUGAUUAAUUAUUAAAUCGUUUUAGUUUAUCUCUCUUACCAUUUUAUUUAUUUCGUUGUUUUUACAAUUGAUUUUUAUUUUCAAUGCUUUCGCCACUUAUUCUAUAUACCCUAGUAGCCAAUCCUGGUAGAAUCCUGGUGGAUUCAAUCAGGAUUCGAAGUUAUUUCUCCCUGUGCCGCGGUGGAUUUGCACCUGGGGUAGCAACUCAUUUUUUGCCCGUUCCAAUCAUUUGCUUUAUUUUUCCUUGUCUUUAUUGAAUAAAAAAUAAUAUCGAAUGACGUCAAUGAUGUUCUCACGAUUGCCUCCGGCUCUUUGUAACUUUACUUAUGUUUCCGCUUCCCCCAAUUGAAGGAAGCUUUUUCAUAUUUCACCGUUUUGGCGCCGUGAUCUCCCCACGCCGGAAACGAACCCUAAUUUAACCGAUUGGCGCUGCUCGCUCGCAAACUGCUAAUUGCGAUUUUAAUUUUAGCAAUGUUAUGAAUAAAUUAGCACCUUAUUGUACAGAAAAUUAUAAAUAUGAAAUCAUCCAUAUUACCAUCUUAGUUUCGUAAGUACUUUUAAUUUAUUGUACGGCCGCAGUUUUAUCCUAAAAUAUAAGAUCAAGUCGCUAUGUCAGAGUUAAGUUUCGGCUUUAAGUGGAAAUUUUAUCCUUUUUAAAAAAGGAAAAUGUCCGUCUUAUUUACAAUGCUUUUUGAUAGUUGUAUUCUUUGGUGAUGGAAUCAUUCCGAGAAGUAAAAAAAUAUUAUGUUUUUGAUAUAAAAGCUUUUGUGGAUUUCACGUCUGUGUAAGAAAUUUUGCAAUAAAAUUUGAACAUUCUUACCUGG